AUGAUGGCGCUCAAAGCUCUCUGUGUGACGACGGGCUUUGUUUCCAUCGCUGCUGCGGGUUCUGUUUAUCAAAGGUCCGUCCAUAUGGUCUAUGCCUUGAAUGGCGGCUUGGGCAUUCCCUCGAUUUCAGAUCAGCAAUACUUAGAUGCCUUUGAUGAGGCUGAUGUGACGGCUCUCGUUCCCUUCUUUCUCAAUGUUGCCAAUCCGUCAGCCUACGAGAGUAUGAUUCGCAGUGUGCAAGCCAGAAACAUCACCAUAAUUCCUGGAAUCGGGAGGGCACCUAGUGCGGGUGAUAUGGACAGCCAGGUUUACCUCGACAUGGCUGCCGCUGUCAAGCCGUACACCGACUAUGUGCGCAUCGAAAAUAUGCAAGGCUUCUACGACAUGUACGGCAAAACUGGCACUCAAAAUUUCAUAAACUACUGCCGGACGCAGGGUUUUAAGCACAUCAUGAUGAAUCCCUGGCCUACCACAAGCAAUGGAAGUCUUGUAUCAUUUAACUGUGCAGAGUGCGAUUCUGCAUUCAAUUCGGUAAUUGUCAAGAGGAGUUCACAGUAUGUGUUGGACCCUAGUCCACUCAACUGGCACGUUGACAUUGGACCAAUUGAUCAAGUUCGGGCUCUAAUCCCACAUAUUCCAAUUUUGAUCAAUUAUGAGAGCCCAGGUCCGCAGACAAUUCUCACAAACGAGGAGAAUCAACAAAAGGGCUCCUCCCUCGACGCGUUCAAAAUUACGAUUGGGGACAUCACUAGCCAAUAUGAUUCAUAUAAUUUACACUGGGCUCCUCCUUUGACUCAGUCUUACAACUCAAUUGGCUUGGGGACAUGGGAUUGGAUCGCCAAUGAGCUCAAGGCAAUCACAGCUUAA